AUGGCUGAUAUUAAAGAAAAGAGUUAAGUUGUAAAUAAUAAAGUAAAAGAGACUGAAAGUCAAUAAGACUAAGAGGCAGAUGAGUUUUUAUCAAUUAAAUAGUAUCACCCUCUUAAUAUUCUUUUAGAGGAAAUGAAGUUGGCUAAUCUAAAAAAAAGGAUAUCGUGUGUUAGAUAAAUACCUUCAAUCAGUAUUGCUUUAGGUCCUGAAAAAACGAGAGCUCUUUUAAUUCCAUUUUUGAGUUAGUUAAUGGUCGAAGAAGAAGAAAUGUAGAAAGAAGUUUUGAAUUUGAUCCCAUCUUUAGUCAAUUUAGUUGGAGGAACUUAUAGUUCUCACAUAUUAAUGGAUAUCAUUUUUGAUUGUUUAUAUAAAUAUGAUGAAGGUUAAGUAAAAGAGACUGCUUUAAACAGUUUAAAAGACCUUUUUAGGAAAAUAGAUUUAAGAUACUUUGAGAAAUUACUUAUGGAUUUCAUUAAUAGAAUUUUGGAAAAUGAUCAUUUUAGAGCAAAAGAAAUAGCAAUUGUGUUGAUGCCAGAAAUAUUUAUUGCUUUAAAUGAGGAAUAUUAAUUAGAAAUAAUAGAAAUAUUUAGUAAGAUGAGUUCUGAUAGCACUCCUAUGGUUAGAAAAACGGUAGCUAUGAAAUUAAAAGAUUUUGCUAAGCUUAUUCCUCCAGCCCCUGAGUCUUAAUUGCUGUAAAUUUUUGAUAAACUUCUUUAAGAUGAAAAUGAUUACGUGCGUAUACCAUUGGUUGAGUCACUUAUUCCUUUUAGUCAGGUUUGUAUAGAAAAGUCUGAAGCUGAGUUUAUAGAUAUUCUUAAAAAAAUUAUAAAUGAUAAAAGUGUUAAAGUGAGAGGCAGCAUAGUGGACUUCGUGGAAGACAUAAAGAAGAGCUUUAGUUAAAAUAUUUUUGAUGAGAUUAUUGUGCCUACAUAUCUCUCUUUUUUAAAUACGGAUGCAGAAAAUGACUUAAAAAAUAGAAGUUUGUAAAAUAUAGUCAACUUGUACAACCACAUUCCUCAAUUUUCUAAGCUGUUUUUGCCAAAGCUCAAAGAUUUGACAAAAGAUAAAAGCUUAUUAGUUAAAUAAAAUUUAGGAGAGGCGAUAAUAAAUUUACUUACAGAAGGGAAUAAAGAGCAGUUAAUUGGAAUUGAAGAAGUGUUUUCUGACUUGCUAGAUGAUUGUGAUAAUGAAACCAAAUUCAAAUUGUUUAAAAAAAUAAAAGAUUUUGGCUAAUUGCAAAAAAACUUAAGUGUUAAUAUUAUAAGAAAGAUAUUGAAUUCAUUAGAAACAAUUGCUCAAAAUAAAAAAUGGAGAAUAAGAAGCUCCUCGUUAAGCACUAUUUCUAGGCUGAUAUAGGAGGCUAAAUUAACAGAAGAUUAAUUUGACUAAGAUUUUAUUACGAUGAUUAAAAAUAGUUUGAAUGAUUCUACUGCUGAAAUUAGAUUAGAAGCUGCUAAAACAGUUGGAAGUCUAGCUAAUAAUUUCUCACCAAAGUUUACUCAAAGUAAGAUCUUACCAGAAUUCAUGGAUAUUUGGAAUAAUAAAAGUUAUCUCACCAGAAUAGGUGCUCCAUUUUGCAUAAAAUUUAGUGUGCAAUAUUUAGAAGAACCUUACAUAUAAAAAGAAAUAAAAGAAUACAUUAAAAUAGGCUUUUAAGAUAAAGUUCCUAAUAUUAAAAUUGUUUGCCUAGAAAUUAUAGAAAUUAUUUUUUUAAAAUUCUCUGCAGAAACGAGAAAUUCUUAUAAACAGCUGCUCGAAAAGGCAGCAAAAGAUGAAGACACUGAAGUGAGAGAUCGUUCUAAAAAGCUUAUUAAAUUAUUGCAAGAUCUUAAAGAAAAAUGA